AUGCGUUGCAUAAUAUUCGUGCUGCUUUUCCUGGCUCUGUUGGAGUCAACUACGGCCGGUGCACCAGCCGACCUUAACUGCACCGAAUAUACGGAGUGUGCCGUGAACUGCAAAGACAAAUUCUCGAGUGCAACGUGCUUGGUGAUCUACACAGCGGCAGUGAAGGUUGGCACCAGUGACGAGAGAAACGCUAAGUGCUUCCAGGAUGCCGCAAAUCAACGUAACGAAGAGGUGGUACAGCUGGCAAUUAAUAUUUGCCCAAAGACGUGCGGCUACUGUUGCCUUACACCUGCGUUUAACUGUAAAAACAAAGAUGUACCUCGCGUAAAAUGUGAAACGGUAACGAAAGAGCAAUGCGACGAUCCGACAUGGAGAACUAUUCUAACCGAAGAUUGCCCAGCCGUUUGUGGAUUUUGCGACCAAAGAAGUGUGUUUAUUGUUUCCAUCAAUCAUUACCAAAUUUCUACCUGGUCAAUAACCACAUCAAUGCCAGAUUCGAACUGCACAGACACAGCCGUCUCAUGCAAAAGCGAUGUCAGCAUAUGUCGUAAUGUUGACUUGCAAGAUUUUGUAAGGCUGUUCAUCAUGGGUGGCGAAUGGCUUUUGCACAAAUACGUUCUACACCGAAGAGCAGAAGCGACGUUACUGUGGCAAAGCAUGCAAUCUGUGCUAGCCAUGAGAUGGCAACCCCAUUGA